UGCUGGCAAAGCGGUCAGACUCAGUCGACACGGAGAGCUCGGCUUGGCUGGAAGCUACCAGAGCUAACGGUCAACGAUCGAUUGAUCCAUAAGAGCUGUCAAACGUCGAAACGACGUGCCCUUGGCGUGAAUGUGUCUCGCGUGCGUCGUUUUCCAGAGCUGAUCAUUGGCGAACAGCAUCGACUUCAAGCAAUUUGCGAGUUCGUGAAAGAUUAUGCGCGAAUCAGUGAAGAGUGCUUUGAAGAGCAGUGAAGCACGUCGAGCUUUUUAGUCUGUCGCGGAAUGAGCGGAUAAACUCUCGUUCAGACUCGAAAUAUCGGGGCAUUGUUGUUGCGAAUCCGAGCAGUGCUAAUCGGCACAGAACGUGCCCGAUCGACGUUCGAGAAUGACAGUAAUAAGGAUGACCUCGCCGGUGACGCCUGGAUCGACCAGUCCGGAUUCGUCAAACGAGGCUCAGGCGCUGCAAGCAACUUCGAAACCGACUCAUCGAUUGAGUUUCUCCGUCGCGGCCCUGCUGGAAGAUACCAGGAAGACUCCGGAAUCCUCGGCAAAGCAGGAUCCUCUCUUAAUGUCAUCGCCGGUCGUCUCGUAUUUGCCGAUUCGACAGGAACCUCGUAUCACCACUAUCAACACUAUGGUGCCAAAGCAUCUUUGCGACUUGAAAAUAUCAAGAUAUACUUCGUUGCCAAAUCAAGAAACUAGAUUGAGUCAUUGCGUCUCUCCUCACAAUGCUUCCGACUCGGGAACACCACCAAGAUAUCCCGAAGUAAUCGAUUUCGCUUGUAGUAUCAAAUCACCCAGCAGACGGUCAACCUCUGGUAGCGUAGAUUAUCGAAUACAUCCGUCUACCGACAUCAGAACUACCCCAGAACCUAUGGUAGGUUGUUCCUCGUCUCCGAAAAUCAUCGGCAAUCAUCAGGAUGCUGGUUCGCAAUCACCUACAAACAGUUCCCAUGGUGAAAUUCACUCGAGGUGUUCAGAGACGGAUGACGUCGAGGAGGACGAUGAGAGCAGACUAGUGGACGUCGAGGAUCUUCAGCAUCACCCAUCCAGUCCAACUCCCGUUAGACCAACUCCAGCCUAUCUUGGUGGUUUUUCCACUCUCGGUGGUAUACCCGGAAUUCCGCCUAAUUUUCACUCUGCAGUCUGGGGCGGCGGACAUCAGAAUGCAGUCGCAGCCGCUGCGGCGGCCGCAGCAGCCACUUUCUUCCCUUCUCAUUUUUCUCAUCAUGCUCCUCUAAACGAGAACGGCGAGCCGGCUAAGAUUAAGUGCAACCUGAGGAAGCACAAGCCUAACCGAAAGCCUAGAACGCCCUUCACGACACAGCAGUUAUUGGCCCUCGAGAAGAAGUUCAGGGAGAGGCAGUACUUGAGUGUCGCUGAGAGGGCAGAGUUCUCGUCGUCGUUGCACCUCACGGAGACACAGGUGAAGAUCUGGUUUCAGAAUCGACGUGCCAAGGCGAAACGUUUGCAAGAAGCGGAAAUCGAGAAAUUAAGGAUGUCGGCCGUGAGGCAGCACCAUACGGCGCUCUACGGUUCACAUCCGGGACUCUUAACUUCCGCGGGACUUUAUCCCGUAGGAAUGCUGUCUCAUCCUGGCUUAACACCUCACCACGCCAUCACCCAGCAUCCCGCAAGGGAAUGAGAGUUGGAAGUUUGAACAAUACCGGACAGAAAGACAGGUGGAUUAACUGUCAUCGCAUUAUGAAAUGAUUUCGGAUUAUGCAAAAAAAAGCAGAUUUGAAAAAUCACAUGAUUGUAGAACGUUGCAGCAUUACAAUAGAAAAUAAUUUUUUUCAUACUGAUAAUCGUCUUAAAACGAUUUCGACGAGAAACUCUCGCAUAAUCGGCUUCACAUUUUCCAGUAUUAGUUUAAAGAAGAAAAUGAAACGUUUGGUAAAAAAAAAUUCUGCUUAAGCUCUGUGCCAACAUCGAUUAUCUUGAAAAGAUUCGAGAAACUAUUGUAAAUAGAAUUGUAAAUAUUACUGACAGCGUUAAUCGCUUUGUAUAUAAACAUCCAGUGGACUAUUUGAGAAAUGGGGUUACGUUUAUAUCGUACAGAGUGCAGAUAUUGAAACGAAUGAAUCUCGAUACUUCGGAAGAAGAUUCUUUUUCCAAUUUUGUAUAAAUGUAAAACAAAUACGAUGAAUAGAAGAGUUUAUUUAAUAAAUUGUAUUAUAUAUC